AUGCUGGACUGGAACAUCCCAAGCAGUCAAUCGAGCUGCCAAGCGCAGGGUUACAAUGUAACCUGCGACUUUGCCCUGUAUACCAAUGCUACCGACCUGACCACUUCUCAAAAGCUGAGCCCAAACGCGUCUAUUACUGGGCCUGGGCUUGUCAAAGCCUUCAUCAUCACCUCGGUCGUGGCCAUAGGAGCGGCCUUCGUCCUGCUCAUCGACAAGGCCUGCGUCUACUGGAACCAGUACAGAGACACAGACAACGCGAUACGAGAAACGAGAUACUACCGCCGCAUCGCCCACACCGUCGAGCAGCUCCUGCACACCUUCAGCGACCAACAACUCACAACCGGCUUCGCGCUGAUCUUCGCCCUGAGCGAGCAAGCCUGCACCAUCUCCGCCUACCACUACGACCUCGUCUGCGCCAUGCUACUCAUGUCCUUCGUCACCCACCUCAACACCCUGGUCAGCAUCCCCACCUUCAUCCACAAGGGAAAGCUCCUCGCCCUCUACCGGUGCGCGGCCCUGAUCGCGCAGCUCGUCCUCAUCAGUAUGAUCUUCUCCGCCCGCAACCGCGCCGCCUUUCCCGCCCGCCCCAGCUCGCUGGCCAUCAUGCCCGCCUGCUGCUUCAUGAACAUGAACGCUAGCGACUGGCUCGGCCUCGCUGACGCGGGGGAGUUUGCGUCUCACCUCAACACCAGCGGGACGGAGAUCUUCUCCCAAACCGGACGGUCCAGUGCGUUCGGGCAGUACAUCGCUCUGAUCGUUUUCACGGGGUUCACUGCCGUGAUCGCCGGGGUCAACUGGCUGGAGGCACGGGAGGUGGAUCUGCACCGGUGGCUGCGGUGGGUGAAGCUGUUUCUGGCCGCGGCGGUCGCGGUGGCGACUCUGGCGUUGACGGUCUGGGCGUACCAGACGUAUAACUCGUUGCGGGCGGGAAUGGAGGUCGAAGAGUGGUAUCGACUGAGCGAAGAGAAGACCGCGUGGACGUUUGCGGAGAUCGUCCCGCUGGCGCUGUUGGCGUCCACGUCGAUCACCCUGGUGAAAGCAUUGACACAAACGCUGGAAGGGGUGGAUGGACCGCGCUAUGAGGGUUUGGUGCAGGUCGGGGUCAAGAGGGCGGCAGUCGAGGUGAGGGAGGAAAAUUGA